AUGCCCCUCUUCAAGAAGCGCGACAAUUCGAAUGUGCGCGAUCGCUUCGAUUUCCGUGAUGUCCUGGGAACAGGAGCGUUUUCGAAGGUGUUCCUUGCCGAGUGCAAAGCAGAGCCCGGCCACCUCGUCGCCGUCAAAUGCAUCGACAAGAAGGCGCUGAAGGGCAAGGAGGAGAGCCUCGAGAAUGAGAUCAAGGUGCUCAGAAAGCUACGCCACCCGAAUAUUGUGCAGCUGUAUGACACGUAUGAUGAGAAGGGGUUCGUCUACUUGGUGAUGGAGCUGGUCACCGGCGGUGAGCUUUUCGACCGAAUCGUCGCCAAGGGCAGCUACACGGAAAAGGACGCUUCACAUCUCAUACGACAGGUACUCCACGCCGUCGCCUUCAUGCACGACAACGGCGUCGUCCAUCGGGACUUGAAACCUGAGAACUUGUUGUAUUACAACCAUGAAGAGGAGUCCAAGAUCAUGAUCAGCGACUUUGGGCUAUCGAAGACGGAAGACUCCGGGGUGAUGGCGACAGCCUGCGGGACGCCUGGCUACGUUGCCCCGGAAGUUUUGCAGCAGAAGCCGUACGGGAAAGCCGUCGACGUGUGGUCAAUUGGCGUCAUCGCCUACAUUCUACUUUGCGGGUACCCUCCAUUCUACGACGAAAACGAUGCGAAUCUCUUUGCUCAAAUCAUCAAGGGUGAAUACGAGUUUGAUGCCCCCUACUGGAACGAAAUCUCGGAUUCUGCAAAAGACUUCAUCUCACAUCUGAUGUGCUGUGACCCGGAUGCGCGCUAUACGUGCGAGCAGGCCCUUGCCCAUCCUUGGAUCAGCGGCAACACGGCGUACACCAAGGACAUCCACGGUUCGGUGGCCUCGCAUCUCAAGAAGAGCCUGGCGAAGCGGAAUUGGAAAAAGGCGUACAACGCAGCCGCCGCCAUCCGCCAACUGCAAUUGCUCAGAAUCUCGAUCGUCGCGCGGCUGGCCGCCUGCCAGCAGGUGCGGCGGCGGCCGCACAGAGCCGGCCGUUCCAGCUGUAAAAACGACAUCAACUGCUGCCCUCCCCCUGUAUUGCCCCUUUCGAAUGUGACGAUCUCA